AUGCCACCAAACUAUGAAAUGAGUUUGAAUCCCUCGAAGGCUAAUAGGAGAUCUCCAAGAAGAUCUUGGUCUUCUGUUGUAAGAUUAGUCCUACUCCCUGUGAAGUACUUGUGCGUGAUUCCAGUUCUCACUGGUAACUUUUGGUAUAAUUCGAGCUUGGAAGUAGUGCAAUUCGUAAUCUUUAAAGUUAUAAAGCUUCCAAGAAAGCUCGUAGAAGUUGCGAGCUUUGUAUUCUUCAAUCUAAAUUUGAAAGAAUUAGGCGGAAUCCUCCCGACUUCCGACAAGGAUGUUGAAAGGGCCAUUGUAGCAGACGGAAACGAUGGUAGUACUUUCCUACAAAGGCUAAGAGUCGUAUUUCUGAGUAUUUCCUAUGUACGAAUCAGACUUGUGAAGUACAUCUGCGAGAAAGAGCACGAUUUAUUAAGAGUGCCCUUAUAUUCAGACUAUGUAAUUGACCGUUACUUCAUCCACUCCCCGUUCUGCGUGUUGAAAAGAGUCGGCAAUGAGAGAUCACUGUACUCCUUCAAAGGGAUAUGUUUGAAAAAGAAUCAGGGAUUCAAGUUUUAUGUAGCUAAGGCAGCUGCGAAUGAAGUCCAGAGAAUGGCUUCAGGGCCCAUUAAUGAUCAAGUGAGCAUUGAAAAUAGCUUCCAUGCAUUUGAAAAUACUCCAGCUCCUGAUUUAAAGCCUGAAUCGUGUCCAUAUAUUGCCCUAGUCCUCAACGAAACCAUAUCACCCAAGAAGAACGAAAUUCUUCCUAUUGAACUGGAAGAUAUUAAAUGCUUCUCAAUCUCACCAAAAGAGUUAAAUGAAAACUCUGCCUAUAAUACUACACCUAAGGUGGAAGAAUUCUCAGAGGUUGUUGCUUCUUCCUUUUCUUCCUUCUCGAAGCAAGCUCUGAACAAGUUUGAUGAAGCCACUGUAGGAAGUACACCACAGAGGAAGUCAUCGAAGGUGCUCAAGUUGAAUAUAAACGGAAAAGAGUUGAAUCUUAAGAUUAGCUCUAAGCCGAAACUACAGAGUUCAUUUCUGAAAUAUAUCUCUUCGAUAUCAAAUAACGAGGUGCAGUACAUCAAUGAAGUGAGGAGUGCAAUAAGAAGUAUUAUUCCGCUUGUAGGGUAUGACGAUGGGUCUUUGGCACCUAUAAUCUUAAGGCUUGCUUGGCAUUGCUGUGCAACAUUUGAUAAAGAUUCGCGGACAGGAGGUUCUAAUGGGGGAACUAUGAGAUUCGUCCCUGAAAUCACUGACGAAGGUAACACUGGAUUAGAUAUAGCAAGAAGUGCUUUGGAACCGGUUAAACAAAGGUUUCCGAAGAUAACGUAUUCGGAUCUUUGGACUUUAGCUGGAUGUGUAGCGAUUGAAGAGAUGAACGGUCCUCACAUUCAAUGGAAGAGCGGCCGAUAUGAUUGUACAGAUAAUAAAUAUGUUCCGCCAAACGGCAGGUUGCCUUUUGCAUAUAAAACAUCUACGCAUAUUAGAGAAACCUUCACUAGAAUGGGGUUCAACGAUCAAGAAACUGUCGCACUAUUGGGAGCUCAUGGUUUAGGAAGAUGUCAUAAGAAAUUUAGUGGAUGGGAGGGUAAGUGGACUUCAGAUCCGAUUAAUUUCGACAACGAAUUUUACAAAGUAUUACUUCAAGAUACCUGGGAAGUAGAAACAGUUCCUGAAACAGGCAGAGAACAGUAUGCUAAUAGUGAUAAGUCGUUAAUGAUGUUGAAUACUGACUUAGAGUUGGUGAGAGACAAAGAUUAUUUUAGUUGGGUUAAGACGUAUGCCAAUGACAGCCAGAGAUUUUUCGACGAUUUUGCACAACUGUUUGGUAAAUUACUAGAAUUGGGUAUUGAGAGAGACUUAGAGGGGAAUGUAUUAUUGAAAUGA